GGCAUCAAUGGACAGUUCUCCAAUCCGUUCCUCUUUGGUAACCACACCGACGGUGACAGUAUUUGCGCCUGCGACCUUGCUUGUAAAGCCCAGGGAGUCUGAGAUCUAGAUUGCAGGUGAGAUGGCAGAGACGGAGGCUGUGAAACACGUAGUUCUUGCUAAGUUCAAGGAGGAUUUGACGCCGGAGAAGGUGGAGGAGAUCAUCAAUGGCUACGCCGGCCUCGUCUCUCUCAUCGAACCCAUGAAGGAUUUCCAUUGGGGAACAGAUGUAAGCAUAGAGAACUUGCACCAGGGCUUCACUCAUGUCUUUGUGUCGACAUUCGAAAGCACUGAAGGCAUUGCAGAGUACGUCUCACACCCUGUUCAUGUAGAGUUUGCAAACAUGUUCUUGCAACAUUUGGACAAGAUUCUUGUCAUCGAUUAUAAGCCAACUACUGCCAAGUUGUCAUAAAAAAUGUUUGAAAAACUGUGAGAUUCUUCUCAUUUCAAUUGUGCUCUUUUGUGUCUUAAGUACUACAACAACUGUUUGCUUAUUUCUGUACUGUAAACCAUUGAACUAUCUUUCUACUUUGAUUCAUCUGGCAAUGAAUAUCACUUUUGGAGUAGUUGUUCUCA